AUGGCGCUGCCCUCUGUCAAGUCUCUAGAAGAGUGCUCUGAGUGGGCCAAGGCCGUCGAGCCCUUCAUCCCACAGCUCCUCGAGCUCCCCCGCAAGAUCAUCGCGAGUCCGCAGUCCCUGCCUCAAAUCUACCUCGAGACGAACCCCCUCGUUUCCGGCUUCGCCUUCUCCUUGCUGAUCGCGGUCGUCACUCUCGGCGUGUCGGAAUACCACAGGAACUUUUCACAAAUCGACCGGCUGUGGAGUCUCCUACCCAACUGGUAUGUCCUGCACACGGCAGCCUGGGCAUACUUAAAUGGCGAGCCGUCGCAAAGAGUCGCUCUGGCCGGAGCCGCGACCACUCUCUGGAGCUCCCGGUUGACAUUCAAUUAUUGGCGCAAAGGAGGCUACGAGCGCGGAAGUGAAGAUUACAGAUGGGAGAUUGUCCGCAAAUACGUCCCCGCCUGGGUCUUCUUCCUCUUUAAUGUGACCUUCAUCUCCUUUAUCCAAUCCAUCCUCCUCUUCGCCCUCUCCGCCGCCCCGGCCUACUCCCUCCUCCUCGCCAGCCGCCUCGAACCCGAGGUCACCGCCUCCGACUGGUCCUUCUUCGCCAUCACGGCCGGCCUUGUCCUUAGCGAGUACAUCAGCGACGGCCAGCAGUGGGAGUACCAGACCGCCAAAGCCGCCUACAAGAAGGACGGCACGGUGCAGCGCGGCUGGGCGGAGGCGGACCUCGAGCGCGGCUUCGUGACCAACGGCUUGUGGGCAUACAGCCGGCACCCCAACUUCUUCGCCGAGCAGAUGGUCUGGUUCGUGCUCUACCAGUGGAGCUGCUACGCCACGAAAGUGCUGUACAGCUACACCUUUGCGGGUUCCGCAUUUCUCGUUCUGCUCUUCCAGGGCUCGACUUGGCUCACUGAGCUCAUCACCGCUGGCAAGUACCACGAGUACGGUGAGUAUCAGAACCAGGUCGGUAUGUUUAUGCCCAAGUCGCUGUUUCCGUACAAGAAGCCCGCGCCCAAGGUCAUCCGCACAAGCGAGCUUGCCAAGCGCCAGAGCAAGAAGGACAAAUAG